UUUCCGUUCUGUUUUUGUUGCAACCUCAUUCUUCGAAUCCGAACCGGGGAGAGUAACGAUUUCGUUUCUCUUCUACGAUCUCUCGUCUCUUCUUUCCAUUUCCCUUUUGCUUUCUUUUCUACUUUGUUUCUUUUUAGCUUAGGCUCUUCGUUGAAUCCUAUUCUUGUUCUUUCUUGUUGGUAAUUGGUUUGGCCUUUCCCCUGGAGGAUAGAUCGAUAUCUCUCUUCUUAAGAGCUUCCUUUUUGAGGCGGACGCAGCUCAGUAUGCAAGAACCCUAAUUUUUGCAAUGGUUUUGUUCAUUUUUAGCUCAUGAUUCAGUGAAGCAGAUAAAAAGCUGCAACCUUGGUGGGAGCUUUUACGCAAAGAAAAUCAGCGCACCAAAGUUUCGAUUUUUAUGAAGAUUUCUUGGAGUGAAAGCCUGGAUUUGUUUUCUGAUCCUACAAAAAACAUUCUUCGGUUCUAGUAAUCGAGUUGGUAAUCGCCCUCCGUGGAGUGAGUUUUUGUUAGCUGCAUCGCUUGUUUGGGUGUUGGUCCUUUGCGCCGCCGGCGUCGACAUGUCUUCUGCCUUGCCGGCGGUUCCCACCCGCAGCGUGCUUGAGGAAAUGCUGGCUGCCCUCAAACUGAGCGAUGAGAAGCCGAAGGACGAGCCACCAGCAUUGCCUGCCCGGCCCACUUUGAAACGGCGGCCUCCUUCCACAAAGAACAAUUUGAAGUUUAAGAUUGAGAGUGUCCCUGCAGAGGUCUCAUCAAAGGACACUCAUUUCACAGAGAAGGCAAGCCCGGAAUCAAGUGAACUCAGCAACGGAGUCAUUGAGCAAGGUAGGGCAGAAAAAGUGGUUCAUUCUGGUGAAGAAGAUUUAGGUUCCCAUGAAGAAGACACCGAAAAGUCCCAUACUUCACAAAAGCUUGAUCAUGUUGAGCAGGAAAUGGCGCCCGCUUUGAGAUUGGAAGCGAUUGAGAAGGAGGUUGAUGACGUAAAGGAAGAAUUGAGACAAAAGGAGGGUGAGAAUGUUGCACUGUCGCAGAAAGUGCAAGAGUACCAGAAAAAGUGUUCUGUUUGCGAGGAAAAAAUGCACUCCAUGGAGGAUAUGUAUCAGAAGCAGAUACAGACCCUGAAGAUGGCCCUAGAUGCAGCACAGAAGAAUCUUUCUGUCGAUGACAAGGCCAAGCAACGAAUGUCUGAUGAAACACCAACUACUUAUCGACCGGUGAAUGAUGCGAACGACAAAAGUAACAAUGCUGUUUACCAAUUGGCAAAGGAGUUUGAGAAGCAGAAGCAGGUUUUCGAGGACGAUGCAAGGGGGCUCUGCAAUGUGAAAUCAUCACCAGGCCAGCCAGAAUUUUCUAGGAAAUCCUACGAAGAUCUUCGGAAGCUGAAGGCCCAAUAUGCAUCUUGGAAGAAGGAAUACAACACUCGUUUGCACGAUGCCAAGAAAGCUCUACGGGAGCUUGCAAAAUCAGAAGGCGAAAAAACCAGUAGAAGAUGGUGGUGCAAGCGAAGGAUCAUUCGAAAUAGAAUUUCACUAUGCUGUUAAUUCUGCCUAAUUCUAAUCUGCCAGCGGCUUGCUGUUGUUGAAACUCUAUGAAAUGCAGAGUUCAAAGGGACAUUGUUGCCGUGAAGCUGUAUAAGUCUCAACUGUUUCAGUGUUGCGCGGAUCUUUUCCCUCCGAUGGCGAGGGAGAAAACUUAAAGAUCUUUGUAAAGAGAAUAAGUGAGGAGUUGUAAAUGAUGCUAUAUGUAAUGACUAGGAUGAUGUUCUUGAUCAA